CCCAGCAAGGAUUAAGUAUUGCAACUGGAACAGAACAGGGGGUGAAAAAACAGAGGUGAGGAAGAAGAAGUUCACAUCUAGCCUACAGUUGUUUAACCUAUAUCCCAACUUUUAUAAUCCAUAAACUAUGAUAAAAUAACCCAUGAACACAGUUCAAACCCUGCUUAACCGACUAGAGUUUUAAUUUAAUAUCUAAAACUAGGCAAGUGGUAUUGAGGCCAAGAAGUCCUGAGCUUUUUCAGUUUGAAGAAAGCUUGAUGUUGUUUACUAAUGAGGUGGCCCUGUUCUCAAUGGGGCUGCUCUGCCCUUGAUUCUUGUACUGAGGGGUUUAUGAAUAUUUUAGGAGCUCUACUUAGACACGGCUAGGUUUGUUUUCACAGUCCAUUUCCUGGACUGAAAUGAGUGUGUUCAAAUUUUCACACAACAAUUGGGUGUAUUCCUUUUAUUCCUACUGGCUAUAUUUGAUAUGAAAAACAAAAACACCAUUUCAUCACACUAUGGUUGUGUCUAAAUAAUGUUUGUAAAUACAACCCAGCUAAUUCUGCUUUCCAGAAAGAUGUCGCUUACAUUAUAUUGGAAACGGGGUUGUUUCUACUUUCACUUGUUGCUGGCCGUCACUUCUGCUGAUGUGCGGUUCUGGUAAUAUUAUUAUGACAACACCGGAGUUACGCAGAGGAGCGCUUCAGAUCACGUGUCCGGCAGAGCGGCCCCUGAGCUGAAUUGAACCCGCCGGUGUAGAGAGAGGUACCUGAUUUAUAGCGUUUUACCGGUCUACCGGUCUCUUACUUCCUAUGAGCUGUGCAACCCAGUUAACAGUCCCAGGACCAGCGCGAGACAACUAAGAAAAUGACCAGAACAACAACAACAACAACAUUAAAGACAAUUAGAUGCAUAUUGAGACUUGGGAACAUUGACUAAGAAACAUGCGACAAUCUUAAAGGAAACGGACAUUCUUAUCGGAAGUCCAUCCCUCUCUCUCGCUCUCGGGGCUAGACCCGCUCUACUGAAAGCCCCGCUACCUCUCCCUCUCGCCAAUAACGCCCAUUCGGAGGAUCCCGUUCCGUCGUGAGAUCAAAAAUGCCUGGAGACGAUGUUACUGCCGGUGACAGCCAGACCUGAGUGAUGCUUGGCUCACGGCUAGUACAGACAACAACUACAGCGGACGAGGUUCCGCUUGAGAAGGUGUAAACCAUGAACUACGUGGGCCAGCUUCUGGUGACGGUGAAGGAACUGUACAAGGGCAUCAACCAGGCCACGCUCUCGGGCUCCAUCGACGUGAUCGUGGUCCAGCAGCCCGACGGGACCUUCCAGUGCUCGCCAUUCCACGUGCGCUUCGGGAAGCUGGGCGUACUGCGCUCCCGGGAGAAAGUGAUCGAUAUUGAGAUCAAUGGAGAAGCUGUGGACCUGCACAUGAAACUGGGCGACAACGGAGAAGCCUUCUUCGUCCAGGAAACAGAGAAAUGCAAUGAGGCGGUUCCCUCCCACCUGGUGACAUCGCCCAUCCCGACAGAGGAGAGCCUGUUGUGGCGGGAAACUGCGGAGCUCCGCCCCCCGCAGACUCCCUCCCUCCCUGACGACCAGGUGUCGCCAGGCCCCGCCCAGACCAAUCACAAGAAGAAGAAGAGGAGGAAGAGGAAGCAUAAGGCCGACCCGCGGCGCGAGGACCAGCCGGGGGCCGAGGGAGCGGAGCUGGCGGGGGGAGGCAGGAGCUCUGAGGAAGAGAAGACCGUCCACAACGGAAGGCCGGCCUGUGCGUCGGUGAAGGACCCCGCGGGACACAAGUCUCACCCCUCAUGGAAUGGCCUGGAGUGGGACAGCUACCCCUUCUCUGACGGAGACUGGGGUCCAACCAACAGGGAUCCGUCUGAAGACACCUCACCUAAAAGUGACUCUGAACUUACGGUGAAGUCCUCAGAGAGCAUGCUCAGAGCCGACGCACACAUGCAGUGGUCCUGGGGAGAGUUCCCAGAAUGCACCAGGGUCAGUAAGAAGGAGAGAGAGACAGAACGGAGGGAGCUGACCAUCACCCCGUCCCAGAGCACGCACUUCCGGGUCAUCCUCAGCUCGGAGGCCAUGGAGGUGGAGUCCCUUGACCCCCGGGACUCGCCCUCCUUCUGCUCCCCCUGUUCCCCCUGCGGUCUUAUCAAACCCCGGCCCCGGGCCGCCAACCUGGAGCCGGGCCGGUCCAACGACAACGGCGCCGCCUCAUCCGGGCAGCACACCGCCAAAUGGAAGUCCAGCCCGCCUGCACGCAUCAACGUCAGCCUCGAUUCAGAACCCUGCAGCAAAACCAGCGACUCGCAGGACAAGAGGAGAGAUGUGAGGAAGAGGAGCCAGCACCAGGGACCUGAGGACAUCUACCUGGAUGACCUCACUGCCCUGGAGCCCGACGUAGCCGCGCGCUACUUCCCCAAGAGUGGUCAGGCGUCCAGGCACUGGGAGGAGGUGGGACGGCGCUCCAGCUCCCAGUCUCCCCAGUCAGUAGGGAGUGGGGCAGCGGACAGCGGGACCGACUGCCUGUCAGACUCGUUGGGGGGGCUGGACCUACCUGACGUCACCCUGUCGCUCUGCGGGGGGGUGGCCGAGGACGCAGAGAUCCCCAAAGAGAGGUUUCUGGAGCACAUCAUCACUUACCAGGAUUUCUCUGAGAAUCCGGCGAUCGUCGACAAUCCCAAUCUCGUGGUGAAGAUCGGAAACCGAUACUACAACUGGACUCUGGCUGCACCGUUGAUCCUCUGCAUGCAGGCGUUCCAGCAGAACCUGCCCAAGGCUACGGAGGAGGCCUGGGUGAAGGAGAAGAUGCCCAAGAAGUCUGGUCGCUGGUGGUUCUGGAGGAAGAGCAGCGUCAAACAGUCGGUGGAGUUCAAGCAGUCCAGUCUAGACUCUCAGAACCCGGAGAGCCCCUCCACCCCGCUACCGACUCCUGCUGCACAACUGGAAGAGAGCUCCAGCGAAGACGACUCCAAGGAACUGAACUCUGUGGCUCCUCCCCCAGAGACAGCAACACCGCUCACUGAGCGCGUGCAGACCGGAGGCCCCGCCCCUGGUCUUUCCUACAGGAAGUCACUCCGCCUCUCGUCUCAACAGAUAGCCAGCCUGAAACUGAGGGAGGGGCCUAACGACGUGACCUUCAGCAUCACCACCCAGUACCAGGGAACGUGUCGCUGCCAGGGCACCAUCUACCUCUGGAACUGGGACGACAACGUCAUCAUCUCAGACAUCGAUGGCACCAUCACCAAGUCCGAUGUGUUUGGUCAGAUUCUGCCCCAGCUGGGGAAGGACUGGACGCACCGCGGCAUCGCUAAACUUUACCACUUGGUGCAUGAGAACGGCUACAAGUUCCUGUACUGCUCGGCGCGGGCCAUCGGCAUGGCGGACAUGACGCGUGGCUACCUGCAGUGGGUGAACGACGGGGGGGCCAUCCUGCCAAGGGGCCCCCUGAUGUUGGCCCCCAGCAGCCUCUUCUCCGCCUUUCACCGGGAGGUGAUCGAGAAGAAGCCUGAGAAGUUCAAGAUCGAGUGUCUGACGGACAUCAGGAACCUGUUCCCCGCCAGCCAGCAGCCCUUCUACGCAGCCUUCGGCAACAGAGAAAACGAUGUGUUCGCCUACAAGCAGGUGGGCGUUCCUGUGUGUCGCAUCUUCACCGUCAACCCCAAAGGAGAGCUGAUCCUGGAGCAGGCCAGGGGAAACAAGACCUCGUACGGCCGGCUGAGUGAGUUAGUGGAGCACCUGUUCCCGUUACGCACCCGGGAGCAGAAUGCCACUUUUACUUACCCAGAAUUCAGCUAUUUCUGCUUCUGGAGACAGCCAAUCGCAGAGGUGUGUCUGGAAGACAUACUGUGAUUGUCCAGAGAAAAUGUUGCACUGCAUGCUGGGAGGUUAGUUUUCAUAACGCAUCCAGGUUUGAUGGUUUGAUGGUCUUGUUUGAUGGUCUUAAAAAUAAUGUAAGAAAAACAAGUUUAUAAAAGAGUUAUUAGCACAGAUUUACAGUCUAGUGGCACUUAGGGCUGUUAUUUAUAUUUCCUAUUGCCCUGGUGAGAAAACACUGUUAACAUAAGAUAAAUAGAAGAAAGGAUAACUGUGAAAUAAACUCAAAUGUCAUGGGACCAGGAUCUCCAGGUAGAACCUUCUAGAGCUUCCAGCCUGUGUUCUGAAACACCUGAGAAAGCACACCUCCGAUGACUGUUGGAUAAACCCUGUUAUGCUACUGACCUAGAGGGGAAGGUACUAUGAUCAACACGGUGGUUCACAUAGGGUGAGGCUCAGCCAUUCUCUCUGGUUGUGUCCCAUGCAGAACAUCCAAAUAUGGGACUCUCGCUUGCAUAAUUCCUGUUCCUGUCUGUAUAUGACGGAUUAAUACUGGUAGGGUUCCAGUAGCACAGAAACCAACGUAACGUUAAUCACAAACAAACUGUGAAGAACAAACAUUGGAGCUUUCAGAUAAUAUAUUCAAAACCUGCUUCUUAAUGUUCAAAACCUGCUAGUUAAUAUUCACAACCAGCUAGUUAAUAUUUACAGACUGCUAGUUAAUAUUCACAACCUGCUAUUCCAUGUUCCAAGCAUGCUAGUUAACAUUCACAACAUUCUAGUUAAUGUUCACAACCUGCUAGUUUAUAUUAAUAAGCUGUUAGUUUUUUUUUAAACAUAACAAACUGCUAGUUAAUAAUCAGAGCAUGCUAGUAUAUAUAUUCACCACCUGCUUGUUAAUAUUCACAAUAUACUGGUUUAUAUUGACAUCCUGCUAGUCAAUAUUCACAACCAACUGCUGUUUAAAGAUGUAGUGUGUAGGAUUUUGUGCCAUCUUGUGGUGAGGUUGACUGGGUGGCAACCAAUUGAAUACCCCCCCCCCCCCCCUUUCAACAACUACUGUGCUGUAAGGGGCCAGAAUACCUCCGAAAUGAUGUCAUCCUCUACGACUGCAUCGAGUAGCCAAGUGUCAAGUGAUGAGGUUCCUUGAUAGUUAUAAAUUGCGUUUAGUUAUUUACUCUCUCUCUCUCUCUCUCUCUCUCUCUCUCUCUCUCUCUCUCUCUCUCUCUCUCUCUCUCUCUCUCUCUCUCUAUCUAUAUAUAUAUAUAUAUAUAUAUAUAUAUAUAUAUAUAUAUAUAUAUAUAUAUAUAUAUAUAUAUAUAUAUAUAUAUAUAUAUAUAUAUUUCGUAGCUUAUAACUUAGAUAGUGAUUAUGAUUGUUAAUUGAACACAUUCUCUCUAGAGAUGUUUUCCGUUCUUGGCUAUGCGAAAACGUGGUGGUGCAACAUAGUGGGCUCUCUCGUAAAAGACCCCCUCCCAAUGUAGCUAUAAAUAGUGCAGUCUAACUACAAAAUAACACACAUUUAAACAUUCUCAUGAAUAUGAAAGUCUGGUCCACUAAAUACCACAUAAUUCUACACACUGCAUCUUUAGGACCUUCUGUAAAGUAAUGCUAUAUUUAACACUUCGUAAGUACUUAAUACUUACAAGUACUUAUAUGUAUGCUUGUAUGUAUCCAGAACUUCAGGAUGUAUGUAAGCUAAAGGAGAGUGAAGUUAGUAUGAGCGGGCUGAUCCUUCUGGUGAGGAUUUUAGACUGCAGUCUGUAACUUCUGAUGAGAAGAAAGCACUUUUUAUCACAUCUCUGCUGCUCACACACACACACACACACACACACACACACACUCACACACACACACACAGACACACACACACACAGACACACACACACACACACACACACACACACACACACACACACACACACACACACACACACACACACACACACACACACACACACAGUUUGUCUUAUGCGCUUGUGUCUCAGCACAAAUUAAAUCAAGGCACAUGGUUGAUCGUAUUAAGAUGAUCUAAAAUGAUGUUGUAUUCUGCAAGGUUUGAUUAAGUCUUGAUCUGUUGUUGCUCCUAUCGAUACAGUAUGAAUGUCCGUAUUCUUUCUAUGAAAGUGCUAAACUUUGUGUGACCACAACACACCUCUUUACAAACCCAUGUUGUAGUAAUUUUUUCACUUCUGAAUGCCUUUGUAGCUCCAACACAAGAAGUGUUAAAGAGCAUGUAGUCCUUUACAUGUAGAUAUAAUCUAGUUUUGCUUUUGAUUUAAAAACACAGAUGACAUUUAAAAGGUGUGGUUUUAUGAAGUAAAUCAUUUCAAAUGUAUAGAUUGUAAUUGUUGUAAACAUCUAUUUUAUUAAUAAAAAAUAAUGUGGUUUUUGACAA